CAAAAAAAAAUUAAAAUAAAAAAAAUUAGCAUUUAUAAGAAUGUGUAGCAACAGUUUAGCCGAUUAUCAAUUUACAAAGGUCUUAAAACAUGGCAGAUUCAGCUCGGUCUACAAGGCGAAUUGUGUUGGCAACAAUCACUCGAUUGUUAUCAAAAAGUUCCCGCUGGAACAUGGAAAUGAUGCCGAAUUGAAGAAACUCUUCGCAGAGAUUCAAUGUUGUCGUCAAUUCAAGCACCCAAAUAUCAAUAAAAUCCUUCAUUGUUUUACAGCCGAAUGUGAUAUGUUUGUCCUCUAUCCGUACAUGUGCUUUGGAGCGUGCCAAAUACUGCUGGAAAGUAUUUUCACAAAUGGAUUCCCCGAGGCGUUGAUCGCAUUACUUUUCAAAGAUGUUUUGUCCGCUUUGAUGUACAUUCACAUGAAUGACUUUGUUCAUGGAGCGGUGAAGGCUGGUCACAUCCUGUUGGAUAACCAGAAGGCAGUAUUAACGAAUUUCCAUGAGAGCCGCAGCUUUAUCAAACAUGGCGUAAAGAUACCAGUAUUACAUGGCGUUUCUCAGGAGAAAAACCUAAAUUGGGCUGCCCCUGAAGUGCUCGAUCAGAACAUCAAUGGGUAUACGGAAAAGUGUGAUAUCUACUCGGUGGGCAUAACUGCCUGCGAAAUGGCUAAUGGCAUUCAACCCUAUUUCGAGACGCAGCCCACACUCAUGUACACGGAGAAGAUUCGCGGAAAUGUGCCCUCUCUGCUCGAUAGAUCGACGUACACAAUGCUCCUCGAUGAUCAGGGUAAAAUGCCGUUUGAAAAUUCGAUGACGAGGAGAACCUAUGAGAUUUUUAGUCAACGCAUUCUUUCCGACGAUUUCCAUCAGUUUGUCGAAAUCUGUUUGAAUCGCAAUGCCGAGAAUCGCUGGAGUGCCAAGAAGCUAAUGACCCAUGCAUUUUUCAAGCAAUGCCGACACUCGACUAUCUCGGAUCACAUCAAGAAAUGUCGCUCCGAACUCGACAAUAAUUCCAUAAUAGACGAUGAAAGCAUGGGUCAGCUGGAUGACCGAGAUGUAAAUGAAUGCCGUGAAGAUGUUCAGUGGAAUUUCUAAUUAAACAUAAUUGUAAUGAUAUAGACACUUAAGUUAAAUCAAAUAAACAAAGGUUUUAAACAAA